CGCCGGCGGAGACAUUUGCGAGGCGAGUGUCUCCAAGAUGGCGGCGUGGGGAAGGAGGCGCGCGGGCCCCGGCGGCACCAACAGCGGCGGCGGCCGGGACAGGGUGACCUUGUCCUCCACGGACUGUUACAUUGUGCACGAGAUCUACAACGGGGAGAAUGCUCAGGACCAGUUUGAGUACGAGCUGGAGCAGGCACUGGAAGCGCAGUACAAGUACAUCGUGAUCGAGCCCACGCGCAUCGGUGACGAGACGGCGCGCUGGAUCACCGUGGGGAACUGCCUGCACAAGACGGCCGUGCUGGCGGGCACCACCUGCCUCUUCACCCCUCUGGCACUGCCAGUAGAUUAUUCUCACUACAUCUCCCUGCCCGCUGGAGUGCUGAGCGUGGCUUGCUGCACCCUCUACGGGAUCUCUUGGCAGUUUGAUCCCUGUUGCAAGUACCAGGUCGAGUACGAUGCCUAUAAACUUUCGCGCCUGCCCCUGCAUACGCUCACCUCGUCCACUCCCGUGGUGCUGGUGAGGAAGGACGACCUGCACAGAAAGAGACUGCACAACACGAUAGCACUCGCUGCCCUGGUGUACUGUGUAAAGAAGAUCUAUGAACUCUACGCUGUAUGACUUCAGCAGGGAAGAGAGAAACCCACAAAGACAAGUGUAUUAAGACUCCCACAGUAACAUUUUGUUUUUCCUCUUUGAGAAGCGGUGGAGACUGGGAAGGAUUUGGUUUAAUAGAGCUGUUAUUUUUCAAAUAACACAUCACUGGUGCACCAAGGUUUUUCAGUUCUUCGUUACACUUGAGAUGUGGAUGUGUGGUGACUUGAGAUCCGUAUGUUAGGCCAGGGGAGUCCAAUCCAGCAGCAGAAUGUCGAUGAAAGAAAGCAAUAGAAAGAAGGGGUGUGAGAGCUGCUUUCUUUUUUUUUCCUUUUUUUUUUUUUUUUUUGGGAAACAUUUAAGUAUAUUGUUUAAUUGUAUUACACAGAACCAGCCAGAAGUUAUCAUUGACCAUUAAAGGAUGAGAAUUUCAAAUGCU